CACAAUUCGGAUGACUAAACAGCUUUUCUUUUAGGUUUAUAUUAAUAAGGAUUACUGUUAAUUCCAACUAACCAUUAUAUAUAUGAGAAUAUUGCUGCGUGUAAAAAUCAUAUUUCGUAUCAAAUCUGUAGUUCUACUUUUACAGAGGGGCGUCAAUAUGGCGACGAUGGCAGACGAAGUGUUAUUUGAGUUUCUUCACAUGGAACUAGUGUCUCACAUAUACCGAACAGCCUCAAAAGAUGAAAAGGAUCACUGCAUUUCUAAACUGGAGUCACUUGGUUUUCGAGUUGGACAAAGUCUCAUUGAAAGGUUCACUAAGGAGACAUCCAGAUUUAAGGAUGAACUCGAUACCAUGAAGUUUAUGUGUAAAGAAUUCUGGAAUGCCAUAUAUAAGAAACAGGUGGAUAAUCUUCGUACAAAUCAUCAGGGAGUGUAUGUGCUGCAGGAUAAUCGCUUUAAGUUCCUGACCCAGCUGUCUAAUGGUAAACAGUACAUGGAGGCAGCACCCAAAUACCUGGCCUUUCCCUGUGGGCUGAUCCGAGGAGCUCUGUCUAACCUAGGAAUCAACUGUAUAGUCACUGCGGACGUCAGCGCUAUGCCAGCAUGUAAAUUCCAGAUACAGAUUCAAAGGGUCUGAUGUGAAAAAUAGGACACUGUGACAACAGUAUAGCUGAAAAGGACACUGUGAGGAGUUUAUGUGGUGGUGAAGGUGACCAGUGAUGUCACAGCCUGCAGAUCUCUACCAGGUCUUCUGGCAAUCAGCAUCAUCAUUGUGAAGCUGGUCUGUGGCAGCUUGAGGUUUCACUUCCGGUCAUAUAUGUCCAGCUAUUGAUGAACUCAGUCUCAGAUUUUGAUCAGACCUAUUUCAGAUAUUUGUGAGGUUAGUUGGUAACCUCUGAGAUCAGUUUCGGCUGAAUUCUUGAUUUAUGGUUGUUAGUGAAUAUGGUCUCAAGAUCUGUGUCAUGUGAGAUGUGCUCCACAGUAAGAAUUUAUAAAGCUUGCAUAAACAGGUAUGCACGCACUUUAUGGGACCUUCAGAUUCUACAGUUAAACUCUUCCUGAGGCAAGGGAGAUAACUGAGUGUGAAAGUCCAGUUUCCACCCUUGCCAAACUAGGCCGGAAUUUCGAGGUUGAUCGUAGCGCCACCAGUGGCUAUUACGAGUUAUUUCCCUUCUCUGUCUCUCCCAUUGACCAAUCAGAUUCCACCUCAUCUAUAACUUGGGAUUGUUUCAAACAAAAAGGUGGUGCCCAGUCAAGACCAUCUGAUCUUUAUUCAAGAUCUGUUUUGGAAUACAAAUGGCCUUACCUUGCGAAGUGCAUCAAAUGAGUUGUGCACCUUGAUUGAAAACAUGAAAAGAUUUGCAAAAUAUCUGUCUACGCCCAGUUGGCGGUACACAUGCUUUGCAAAUCCUUCAGUCGACAGAAAUCUGCAAUCUAUGUUGUUUGCGAACCGGAUGUCUAGUUCGAUACACUAUUUUGAUUGGACUAUGCAUGGACUUGUUAGUCCUGCCAAAAUGUAACUCCGGAGUUUUGCAAAGGUGGAAACUGGACUUUUAUAGUCAGUUAACUCCCUUGCCUGGUGCAUCAUAUAAUUUGACAAAAUGUUUCGACAAGAUGUGCCCUUAUAUCAUCUUAAUAGUGUUAUGCUUUACCAGUUUCUACAUUGAAGUGUUCUUUAAUGCACAUAUGUAAAUGUCAAAAUACAGCACAGAUCAUAAUAUAUAAAUUUCAUGUGAGAAAACAGUUCAUGGCAUAUAUUAGUUUGGUUUGAAAAUUGUUAUUUAAUGUUUUAAUUUUUACCAGUUGGUAUGGUUGUGUUUUUGAAAGAGUUCACUUGUUUGUGUUAUGUGAAAGAGCUUGAUAAGCACUCUGAGUGAGUGAGUGAGUGAGUGAGUUGACAGUGGCUGACACUGUAAGGAAAGAAGAAACAUUUGGGGGGGGGGGGGGGGGGGAGACACAUGCUGUCGAUGGUAUACAAGAGGGCGCCAAUACAGGUCACUAUCAGUAAGGAAUGGUGAGGGCACCCAGCAAAUGUAAGAUCAGGCAAUCUUUGCUGAAGUUGUGAGGAACUGGGAACCCUGUCGCAACUGUGUUGAACUGGGCACACAUACCCUUCAUCCCUCUCUUCUCUCUGACUUUCAUGCGUCUAAUAGUUGCUCGUAGUUGAAGGUGUUUCAAUUAAUUCAUUGCUAGGAAUGAACACAGUGAUUGUAUAUAUUUCUCAGUGGUGCAAUAAAUGAUGUAUAUAAGUUG